AUGGACGAAUCUCUCAAACGAGAGUUGGACGACGCAGAGCCCAACUUUCUCCAGACUCUCCAAGCUGGCCCCACCGCAUGGAAAACUUUUGCUUCCAGCUGGUCCCGGAUUCAGUACAAACUCGAGCAAAGUGCCCAAUUACGCACAUUGCAUACCGACACGAUGUCCCUUGCCAAAGUGGUCUCAGCGCGAAUUGGCAUCCUCGCCGACACCUUCCUCACUGUCUACUCCGAUUCCAACAAACUCACCACCGAAUUCAUGGGGGAUGUGGACCAAACCCUCAAUCAGUUCGGCAUGACCUCCGACAGCACUGUGCCAUCAUUCGAAUUUACAUCGACAGAGCUUGCUCAUGUGCACAGUCAGAAAGACACGGAGGACGUGAGGACGCCCUCGCCACCAUUCCAGGUCUUUGACUAUGAGGAAGACACUACACCACCCCCACCUAUUUCUGGCGUUAAACGCCGCGCGUCGUCCUUGGACGCGUUAUCCACCGAUUCUCGCGACGAUGUCGCACAACGACCUCAUAAACGCGUCCGCACAAGUGUAACCGCCCCACCGACUCUGCCCGCAAAUAACUGUUAUGCAGUCCAGACUCCCAUCCUCUCGCGCACAUCACCAUCAUCUGCAGCGCGCGUUGCGAGCCCACCCGCCCCGUCAUCACCUCCGUCACCACCGUCACCACCCUCUCCCCCGACCCCAACCCCAACCCAAAACACCUCUCUUCCAUCCACAUCACCGACGUUAUCUUCGUCCCGGAAACGACGCCUAUCUAAUGCAGAAGACGAACGCGACACAAAGCGCCCUCGAGGUGUAUCUAGUGAAAGACCUCCGUACACGGUCGCCGAUCCUAUACCUUUAGACCAAGCCGCUCACGCUCUCGAGUCCUAUAUCUUCGGAGACCUCUUUUCUGCUCCCUCAGUAUCGAUGGAUCAGAUAGACAAUUCUGCUCCUUUGGAUAUCAGUCUAUUCGAUUGGAAUGCGUUUAACGCCGCGUACGCGGAACCUGUCCACUCUCAAUCCAUGCCUUUCCUUGCUGCAUGGCCUCAACUGGAAGUCGAGGAAAAGGCCCUCCAGGGUGUGAAUAUUAUCAACCCUGAUACCUCUUCUCUACCCCCUUUCCCCGACGCUGUCAUUUUCCCGACUUUCCCUCCUACACAUCAUCUUAUUCACCGCCAUCUGAUGCCGGUUCACCGGACUCCCAGAGCUCACAAUCCUCUAUCGACUGGAGCCUGCUCAACACCAACUGGAGCCAACCCAGUAUGGGCUGGAGCGAGCUUUCCGACUACCUAUCUUCCCCGAAGUCAUCCCCACAAUCAUCGCCCGCCAGUCUUGGAACUCUUCCUUCGUUUGACUCGUUAUGCGAUGCAUUCACGUCGCCAGGGAAGCUCACCGAUACGCCUGCGCCGACAUUCGAUUUUCUAG